AUGUGCACGGCUGAAGCAACUACAUCUCUGCUCCAAGUGGAGGAAACCUUCUCAGCAUGCCUGGCACGGAUAGAUGCCUUCAUCCUCAAGCCUCUGCUCCAGGCAGAGCCUAGUGACCAGAAGGGAAAGGAGAACUUCAAGCUCUUCCUGCUCCUGAAUGAUCGAUUUCAAGCUCUCUGGAACCUCACAGAAGAAAAUUACCGGAUACUGAAACAAAAAUGCAGCACCUCUGAGUCAUUCUGCAUCCAGGACAUUUACACUGUCUGGAAAGGAGACCUCUUCCUAAGCCUCUAUAUCCAAUAUUUCGUCACUUUUGCAAACUACGUUGUAGUCCACGGCUUCGAACAUGCCACAAAGAGCAAAAGUGAAGCCUGGAAGCACCAUAAGACAGUGCUGAAACAAUUCCUCGCAGACUUCACCUCUGAGACCUCCAUGACACUGGCCUUAUACACUGUUCUUCACAAACCUAUCCGAGAUCAUAUCGAGCAAUAUAUACUGCUCCUUACCAAGCUGAAUGAGGUUCUCAAAGAGGGAUCUGAAAAGGACAUGGUUACCAGUGCCAUCAAUGAAUAUGUGAAGCUGGAGUCUUUCAUCAGCCAAGUCCUGGAUGAAGCUUGUUUUACCAAGUCCUUAUGGAAAUCCUUGGGUUACAAAUUCACGGACAUGCUCUGUGUACCUGAAAGGAGGCUGCUGGAAGAUAGCAAAAAUCUUCCCAUCUCUACCAGCACGAAUCGAUCAGAGCGGAUCUUGCUCUUCGAUGAUGUCCUUGUGUUAAUUCAGGGAAACAGCUUUCAGAGUUUUGAUCUGAAGCUUGUGUGGGUAGAUGAAAACUGCAGGGAGAAAUCAGUUCCAGGACUGUAUGGACUCCGCAUUAUAACCCCAGAAGAAACGUUCUUUCUCUCUGCCAAAGACCCGCAGAUGAAGGCUGUUUGGCAGUGGAAGCUGAACCAGGCUGUCCGCCAGGCACUGAACGGGAAGCGAGAUUUCCCAUUGUGGGGCAAGACUGGCGAAGGCAACGAGCCCCCGUCCUGCCGCUUCUUCACCUAUGUCUUCAGGAUGGAGGGCAAGUUCAAGAGCGCAACCUACGAGGGCGAGUGGCACUGGGGAAAGCCACAUGGCAAGGGGACACUGAAGUGGCGUGAUGGACGCAACCAUGUUGGAGAUUUCAAAGAAGGCUUGGAGCAUGGGUUUGGAAUAUGCCUUGUCCCACGCCGAUCUGAAGACCGGUAUGACUGCUAUAAGUGCCACUGGUACGAGGGCAAGAUGAGAGGCUAUGGAAUCUGUGAGUAUGGGAAUGAUAUUGUCUACAAAGGUUACUUCAAAGACAACGUGCGUCAAGGGUUUGGGAUACUGGAGAACUUCUCAGCCGAGCAUCCAUUUAAAUACACAGGACAAUGGGAAAAUGACAAGAAGAAUGGAUAUGGAGUCUGGGAAGACAAAGAUAGAGGGGAGAGAUACAUAGGGACAUGGCUUGAUGAUCACAAACAUGGACAAGGCAUUGUAGUAACCCAGUCGGGUGUCUGCUAUCAAAGGACAUUUCAUGCUGAUAAAAUGGUGGGUUCUGGGAUUCUGCUCUUGGAAGAUGACUCUGUCUACGAAGGGAACUUCACGGAAGAUCUAACAUUUGUUGGAAAGGGAAAGCUGUCAUUUGCCAAUGGCUUCAUUUUGGAGGGAACCUUUACUAACAAAUCUGGCCAAGGCCUUCAGACGCACGGCAUCCUGAACACGUCGAAUGAGCAACUGGAUGACAGGAUAACCAAAGCUCAGCUGGGCCUCGAGUUCCCAGUGGAGAAGAGAUGGAAGGGAAUCUAUGACCAGUUCCUGGAGUUCAUCCAUUCUGGCUGCAAAGAAGAAACAGAGGAGUCUUUCACGGGGUUCCACAUACAAACGAGCAAGGAGCUGCGGAAAUCUCAGGAGUACCUCUUCUGCCAAAGGGGGACUGAGGAUGUAUCCUGGAAGAUAGAAGAUAUUCUUGAAGAGCUUGUCCGGCACCAGGGGCUGGAGUCACUACAGAGUUAUUUAGAGAAGGCAUUGAAGUCUUCCCUGCACCCACUGGGAAAGCUACUGAAGGCCUUGGCGAUAGCUUUUCAGGCAACGUAUUGUGGGAUUGGGGCCAACAGACACUUGCUGACUAUGGCACAAGAGGAAGUCAAGUACUAUGCAAAGAAAAUAUGGGAGUUUUACCAGGGUUUGCUCCAUCUGGCACUGAAACAGAAAGGCCAACUGCCCACAAAGUGUGUGGAUGGGGAUACAAGUGACCAGAAGGCAUGCAGUGUGGUCCUGCCACUCAUCUUGCCCUGCUUCUACCCUGAGCUUUUCAUGCUCUACAUGCUCUAUCAUGAAAGAGAAGAUGACCUCUACUGCCAAGGGAUCGUGGACCUAAGUCUAUUUCCUGACAUCAAGCUGCUAGAGUUUCUGGAUGUGCAGAAACACCUCUGGCCUCUGAAAGAUCUCACUCUGACAACCAACCAGAGGCGGUCCCUUAUCAAAGACAAGUGUUUCCUGUCUGCCACAGAGUGUUUGCAGAAGCUGAUCACCACGGUGGAUCCUCGGGAAAAGCUGGUGAUCCUCCAGAAGACAUAUGAGGAGAUAGAGAGCACAGUGUCCCGGGUGGUGGAGAAGGACUACAAGCUCCCCAUGGAUGACCUGUUGCCCCUACUGAUGUAUGUUGUAUCCCGAGCAAAAAUACAGCACCUGGGAGCUGAAAUCCAUCUGAUCAGAGACUUGAUGGACCCCACCAACCAAGGAGGACUCUAUGACUUUCUGUUAACUGCCCUGGAGUCAUGCUACGAACACAUACAGAGGAUGAGACUCCACCAAAGAGAGAACUGCCACGCGACUCAGAGCUCCUGAGCCCGAAGACCCGAAGGGAGCCUCCUCCUUGCCGCACUUUUUAGACCAAACACUGUUGGAUGAAGAAGCAAUCAUGUCGCUGCUGUGCUGGCUGCCUUUAGAAAGGGAAGAACGGUUAUUUAUCAGAUGAGGGUUUCUUGCUGGGUUUUCUCUUAAGACUAGCUAUGAUCGGAAAGCACAGACGUGCAGAUGCUGUGGGCUAAAAUCCUUCAAUACGCAACCUCAGCUUGUGUU